GAAGGAGUCGCUUAAGGGCAUACUCUAGUUGUCUUUUUUAAAAGAAUGACUGUGUUCAAGCAUUCCGAUUGGCUACAGCCUUUCGAGAAAAAAACCCAACACGUUCUAUAAUUAGCAAUAUAUUAACUAGGUCGCCCUGCUAGCCAUGUGCACAACUCACAAGGGUCUUGUCAAGACUGCGAACCCCGCGAAGUGCCCUACAUUGUAGCGAGAGAGUAAAACCUGUGAAAAACCCACAAGGCCUUAUUACUCCCCCUUUGGAAGUUUUCAAAAAUGCAGAGUAAGUUUAAUAGAACAUCUUCUGAUUCAGGUGCAAUGGAAGACAUGGGAUCAGCGUUCAUGUCGCGUCUUCUGUGAGUACCCGGUCGUCAGGGAAACUAAUGAUCCGGACUGAAAAUGGUAUCAACAAUUUCUAUUCUGGAAUCGAAGAUAUCGAUCUGUGCUGACAUUUUUAAUCACAAUCUUUGAAUGCAUAUUCACAAAGACAAGAACAACAAGAAGAAAAACAAGACAAAAUGGUACUCAGGACAACAGUCUUUGCAUUGUUUUGUAUGCAAGCAUUUUACUGCCAAGAAAACCUGUGUUCUGUUGAAUAUACAAAAAGAGAUUGUGCCAAUAUAGUCACCUGCAACUUCAAGGAUAAAAUCGUAAGGGAUUAAACAGAAUUCAUCAUUUCAUAUCGUAACCACUCUGAUCAAGAUAUUAUUGCAGACUGUAACUGGAUGCGAUCAGGGAGUUUUAGCUGUGACUCUGCAACAGGCUAUACAUGUGAUCUGCAGUCAUCUGGCAAAUUUCUUGUCGACCUAAGCCAAAACCAAAAAUGUAUACAAACUGGAGAGUUUGUAUUUGAUUUUGCAAAUGAAGAGCUUUUCGGCUGUAAAAUUGAACCAGAUAAAAGAAAUUCAGAGAAUGCUUCAGUAAACGCAAAUCCCCAAAGUCCAAAGAAAUGUCUGAACAGCACACAUGAGAAUCGAAAAGGACCAAACCGAAAUAAGAGAAGUACCGCUGAAAGCGAAGACCUAUGCCAAGAAGGUGCUUCAGAACAUAAAAAUAAUAUUGGGAUGAUCAUAGGAGUGGCCUGUACAUGUCUAUUAGCCUGCGUUGUGGCGUCGUUGCUGAUUGUUAAUCGCAGAAAAUUGGUGGCCUUCGUCAGAAAACUACAUGAAGGAACGUGUGUGGAGGCCCCGGACUAUAUUACUGCCGUCAAAGACUUUGAAAACAGAGAGCGUUUGAUGCCAGAGACAGAGGAUUCUCCCAUAGCAGACACACUGAAAGAGAAAGAAGAUGUCUUUAAAGCUCUGAGCUUAAGGCCUGGAAUCAAUUACGAAGUAAACACAAACAUCAUAAACACUAAUCCUACAGAAUAUGAUAAGGCGUGUGAUGUCAGGUUACUUCACUGCGCUCCUUCUUGUGAUGGGGAUGACAACGACUGUGGAAGCUCGUCAAAACAAACGCAAAUCAUCCCUUAACUAAAUUAAAGGAUGAGGAAAUCCAGUGUAUAUGAAAAAACUUAAAGCAAUGCUAUCCGGAGGUCUGUGUACUUCUUUAAGACAUCAAAAGCUUUUCCAAGAAAGAUUCAACCUUUCUUUUCGGAAAUGAAAUCCUUUAAAACCUCCAGGGGAUUCAUAAAACAUAUACCUACUAUUCAAUUCAAAUGAAUGCCAGGAAAAACUGAAAUAUUGAAAGAUUUCACAGGCAUGCCCAGCGUUCACGUACAGUGCUCCUUCGUGUUCAUAACACGAGGUAUUAAACUUUUAAUAUGAACAAAACGAUUGUCCAGAGAAGACGUGGAUGUGUGCAAUAAAGUGAUUAAGUUGUAUAUGUUUUUAUCUUAGAUGAAAAAAGGUAUUUUGUAUCUAGAAGAAAUUAAAUAAAUGUGUUUUCACCAACAGACGAUUUCGUCAUCCAGGCACACAGCAAAAGUUACAUCUUUUAUAAGGAUCUUUACAGACUUGAACAUUUAUGUUCACCAUCUUACAGAGCUAUGAUCAACAUCAUCAGUAACCUGACAGUCUUCAUUAUUUACAUUGAAGUGCAUUUGGAAUUGACUGAUACACUUAGCUGUUUUAAAAGAAGUUUAUGACCAGCUCUUUAAUCAACUGUUGUUAUUGUCAUUUUAAAGUAUACCUUUAUACAUUAUUUUAGGCAAUUUUUAAAAGUAAUAUCGGUUUAUAAUCCUUUUAAAUAUUUUAGUCCUUAUUACUAAGUGGUCCUCAUUUUUCACAACGAUAGGAUCACACAUUCUGUUUUUUGCUUUGUUUUUUGUUUUUGUUUUUUUGUGUGUGUGGUCUGUUGUUUUAUUUCAGUUUUUUUCCCUUUUCUUUUAAUGCUUCUAUAAAUAUUUACAUGAAAUAAUAUAAACUAAGGUAUUUUAAGGAAAAAGAACCUGAUAAAGUUACAAAUAGAUGCUCUAAACUGAUACGUCUAGUUACAACUUUGACUGUACACCUCUAAUGAACUUGUGUAGUUGCGCAUGUAGCUUGACUUUUUGCAUAACCGUUGCCGUGAUUGAUGUUCAAACCUUACAGACCCUAGACUUUUAUCUGAUAAUGUUGAUAUUACAGAUUUUAUUACAGAUUUCUUUCUGAGGCCAUCCAGGUUUAAUUAGUGUUCUGUGCUCUAGCGUAGACAAAGAAGGAAAUAACUGUAUUUUUUUCUUGGUGGAUGUAUUUCUGUAAUCUAGUAAUAUAAUAUAUUUUUCCAAAAGCAGUUGCCAUCACUAUCUUAUGUUUCUCGUGUAAUGUCAUUUAACAAAUUUAUUCUGCAUCAUCGUUCCCCUCUUUUGGUUUAACUAAGUUUCUCAUUUGACAUUUGUCACAGAGUAGUUUGUCACAGUUUGUCACAGUAACUAUUUUAGAAAAUAACUCCGAAUUUCAAGCUGUUAUUCACAAUUUAACUGCACUCAAGCUACACUCAUGAGUACUUCUAGUGUUAUGUUUAAGGUGAGUCAUCACUGAAUCAUGUGAUCAACGCAUGCCUAACCGGGUCCUAGUUCACAUAAUGCUAGCAUUGAUGCGCAUAAAGGGGUUUAGUGAAGGAGCCUGGGUGGAGUCCAGCUGUAAAUUAUGUGCAUAACACCCAAAUCAUAAUCACUAUUCAAAGCUGUGCUAGGUGGGGUACAGAUGUACGGUAAGAGCAGUCAGCUUAGUGAUAGACGAUUAGAAUACUGUGCAACUGGCAGUUGAAAUGCAACUUUUAUACAUUGGUAUAAUUAUCAGGACUUCUGCUAAGGCUAAAUUCUUUGGGGUCCCAGGGACCCCUUCUUCAGAUUUUUAAGGGGUCCCUAUUCUUCGCAAAAAUUUGAAGGGGACCCCAUUGACGAAAAUUGAAAGGGUCCUCCGAACUUUUAAUGCGUACUGUACGCAAAUUUUUGCGUAAGCAGAAAGCCCUGCCGGUAUAAUAUUUCUUUUCCUCUCUUUCUUACACACACCAACACACACGUGUACACACACUCGCCUUUGUCAUGUGUUGUAAAAACUACCUUAUUAAGAUUUUUUCCUUAGAAGCAUAUUGUUCACGCAAUACAAUACAAACUCCCAAGGGGCAAUUCAUAGACCAGUUUACACUUCAGUGAACACUGCUGCCUUCCCAUUGAAAUCUUUCAUCGCUCUUUCUUUGAUCUGUCUGGACGUGUUGACAGCAGAACACAAAGCAUUUUUUAUGGGCACAUCCGUAGCUUAGCAGCACCUACGUCAUCCUUAGAAACAGAGAUGAAAAACUUUGCACAACAGGUCAACCGUUCAAAGACAUUGUCAUUGAGAUUGAGGGGGCAAAAUGCGAAGUCUAAUAUCUUGACAGUCAUUGUCAAUUGUCCCUUGAUAACCCCAUACCCCCCAGAGGGUUAGAAACCGUGGCGACCUUUCUGAUAAACACACUCAUGGCGACCUUUCUGAUAAACUCAAGUGUGACACCGAAUACGCUUCCUGCGUAAGUUCCGCCUUUAUCAUAAAAGCUCGCGGAUCAUAUGGCGGAUGUGGCAAUGACAGCUUGUCAUGUUCCAACAGGCAGCAGACACUUCGUCUUUCAGACCUUUUGCGCCAUUUUAAUUCGAACUAUUUUUAGUACAAACCUCUCUUUAUUCUCUUUCUCACACACACAUAAAAGCACCCUUUCUAAAGCACCGCGGCAAUAGGGUUUUUAAGUUUACGUUGAAGGCUUUCUUCUUUCUUUCUCAAUCACCAUCUGUUUGGGUCCACCUGGAAUAUGAAAACGCCCUCUGGCUAAACCACUGUGGGGUUAGCUCAGCAGCUUUUCUGUGCAUUUGCUUAAAAGGCAAUCCCAUUUCCAGCAAAGGAUCAUUGAUUUAUGCAUGUGUCUUUGAAAGUAUGAAUAUAUGUAAAUUGAAAGUACAUAUAUAUAUGUAUAUGUCUGUAUAUAUGCUAGUAAUACAGGGAGGUGAGAGGGACAAAUGUGGUAGACUUUAAGUCUCCUAACUCUGACACUCACCAGGACAAUAACAUCUCGUGACAGGACUUUAAAUCACUGUGCAGCGAAACAAUAGAGCCCUUGACCCUUCCAUAUCCGCCACCAACCACAAAAUGAAUGUUAUAGUUCCUCAUUAUGCAUUACUCGUGACACCAUCUCACACAAUGCUAGUAAUUUUUCACACGCUUUACGGCACGUGUUUCUUAUGCAAAAUCACGAGACCCUAAGUUUUUGUUGUUUCCUCUUUGCAUUGUUUGUGUUUGUUUUUAUUCCUCAUCAGCUCUGUUGUUUCCUUAUUCGUAGUUCAUAUGAUGUUUGUUUUCCUAUCCCUCGUAUUCUGCAUUUGUCUCGUUCUUGUUUUUGAGCACUAAGAACAUGCUUAAGAGUGUCAGCAUACGAUUUACAAAUUUUUGCAUUUAUGAUUAUACCUAGAGAUCAGUUUAUUUAGGUAUGUUGUCGUUAUGAAUAACAAUUUUGUUUAAAAAACAUGCACGAACGGGUGGAAAAGAACAAAAUGACUUAAUGUGAUGUACAGUACUACCUCCGUCAGAGCAUAAGCACUUUAUCAAAAUUAAUUUUCCAGCUCUUUGAUCCUAUUGAAAUGGUCGACCCCCCCUCGGAGCUAGCUCUACUUAAGCUUUGUGAGAAACUGUCUAUACACAGGGUAAAGCUCUUAAGUUCUUUUCAGUGACGAAGUUGAAAAUAAGCCUCUUGCGUGUAUGUCUCCGUAUGCUCACCAUUGUAAUGGACAAAAUUUAUUUGUGUCUAUUGUUUGUAGCAAUGUACGUAUUAUAUUUCAGUAUUAAAAAUAUUACCUCUCUGC